UAAUCCAUCUGCAGUAUUAAUCGCUUCCACUUUUGUUGCCAUGGCAGUCGCAGCCACAUGUAUUCUUGCAGUUGUGCUUUUUAUCUUCAAGCGUCGUCGUACCAGACGUCACAAAAAUCGAAAAAAUAUGGACGAAACAGAAACAGAAAGAUUAUAUAAGGAUGAGGAAGAUCGCAAUGUUUCCAACGGUGUUGAAGUGUUGUCAAGGACAGACGGAAAAUCGUUAUUUGUACAUGGCAAAUUUGGAAAUUCGGUUUCCAGUACUUCUCAUCUUAUAUUGGAGAAAUUUAUAGAGAACAAUGUGGAAUGGAAAUCUCUAGAAUGUCUUUAUACAGAUAUACCAGAAAAUGUGGAGGAAAACACUAUAAUGUUUGUAUAUGGUUGGUUUGGAAUUUGGAAUGAUGAUCUAUGUUCAGUUGACAAAGUCAAAAAGGCAUGCAAAGAACUACAUGAUAUAUUAUGCAAAGAAACAAAUGUUAGAAUUGUCAUUGGAAUGAGAACCGAGUAUCAUAGAAAAUAUCACACACACGGUUGUUUUACUCCAUCAGAUUUAUUUAGUAAUGAGCUUAGCCUGGAUGCAGUAAAUAAUGAAAAAGAUAAAGAGCAUAUAAAGUAUUUUAUGAAAAAAAUCAAAAAACCUUGCAAGAAAUCUGAAUGUUACUGUCAUGAUUUGAAGUUUGAUAAUUUCAGAGAUGAUCGUGAUAAAAGAAUUGGCAUUCCUUUGAAAAUGAAUGUUCUUGCGAGAUAUCAUGAUAUAAUUAAUGAUUACGUGGUUAAACGCAGUCUUUUGAAAGCGAUGACAAAUCAUAUAACUACCCUUAGGAGAGACGAGAAAACAGUGGUAAUAUACCAAUGGAUUAUGUAUAUAUGUUUAAAAGGUCAGUAUAAAAGAUCAGAGGAACUCGAUGAAGAAUUGAUCAAAACCAUGGAAUUUGAAAUUAGUGGCUUAUCUUUUAAUGAAAAUGAAGAAAACUUGAUGAAAUACUUAAAGUUCAGAAAUUCGGAUAAGCAGAAAAUGGUACUACCCGAGUCUGCACAGUAUGUUUUCUGGCAUCCAUUUAUAUACAUAUGCGCUUUUCAUUCGUUGUUCACGACAAAUCCAGAUAUCGCCAUGAAUUAUUGCAAUAUCGACGCCAUUCUGCAACUUGUUCGUCCAGAAAAUUACUUAGACACAUAUUUGGAGGUUCAUGCAGAUGAUGCUAUGAUUGACCUGUUUAAUCAAAGAAUUCAGUCAGAAGGUCUACAAGAUGUUUGCAAAGACCAUCCUUUAAUUAUUCCAUCAGCAGACAAAGGGGAAAAUAUAGAAGAUGUUGAACAGAGCAGCGAAGGGACACCAAGCGAACACGGGUCUUUCACUAUAAUUUCGCAAAAGGCAGUUGACAUGAUGAAUAUGUAACUGUUACAUGUAUCACAUUCAAUUCCAUGUAGUGAAUA